AUGGGACUUGCAAGCAAGAUCGCCGCUUCUGGCGGGGGCGCCCCACCUGCACCCUACGGUGGGCAGCCUGCGCCAUAUGGCGCUCCACAGGGACAACCCUAUGGGCAGCAGCCACCGCAGGGUCAAGGCCAAGGCCAAUACGGUGGCUACCCCCCGCAAGGUGGACCUCCCGGAGGUCCUCACGGUGGAUACCAGCCUCCACAGCAGCAACAGUAUCAGGCAUAUGGCCAGCAACCUCCCUAUGGUGGCGGUAGCGCGCCCCCAUAUGGAGCUCCACAGCAGCAAUACGGCGCUCCUCAGUCCUACGGGGGAGCGCCUCCAACAUCUGGUGGCCCCCCGCCAGACGCUAAAGUCUUGAUGAGUAUCUUGAAGGAGUGCGUGAAAGACAAGAAAAUCGAGCAUAUGUACCCUGAUUCCAGACUCUUCCAGAUCGCACAGGACAUUGCGGGUAAAGACCCUGUCAACACGCUGUGCGCUCACUGGGGCGUCCCGCAGGAGGUCGGAUUUGACUUCGUGAAGCUUGCCCUCUUCGACGUUGUGUUCCUUCUGGACGACAGUGGUUCCAUGCGCUUCGGAGAUGGACUCAUCGAUGAGUUGAAGUUCAUCCUUGGAAAUGUUGCGUUCGCAACUGGCCUGUUCGAUACGGAUGGAUUUUCGGUCAGGUUCAUGAACCAGGAUAUCAAGGGUGACAACAUCAGAACCGAGAAGCAGGCUAUAGAUAUUGUUAAUACCGCCAAAUUUGAGGACGUCACCCCAUUGGCAACCUCGCUGAAGAACAAGAUCUUGGAUCCAUUGGUUUAUGCUGCAGAUAGCGCUGGCACGCUCCGGAAGCCAAUCUUGAUAAUCAUUAUUACUGAUGGUCGGCCAACCGACAAUGUGCACGGAGAAUUCCAGUCACAUAUCCAGAGGGUGUCAGAUCAUUUCCAGGGUAGAGGAGUUGUCUCAUUCCAAAUUGCCCAAGUUGGAAAUGAUAAGGGUGCCCAGGAUUUCUUAGCCUCGCUCGAUAAGGACAAGGCAAUUGGUCGAUUGAUUGACUGCACAUCAAACUUUGAGAUGGAAUCUGCUGAGUGGAAGUCAAAGGGGCUCACACUUACUAAGCACCACUGGUAUACCAAGCUUCUUCUUGGAAGUAUUGAUAGCACAUACGACAACAAGGACGAGGAUUCCAAGGCGCCGACACAAGGGCCUGGUGGACAGGCAUCCCCGUACGGCGGCUCUCAUGGUGCUCCUCCUCCCUCUCAAUAUGGUGCACCCCCACAUCAGCAGUACGGUGGCCCGCAGCAAGGGCAGUAUGGUGCACCGCCGCAUGGCGGGCCGCAGCACGGUGCGCCGCCUCAGCCGUAUGGAGCACCACCACAAUCACCAUAUGGGCAACCGCCUUCUGGUCAUCAACACCCACCUGGUCUCCAGGCUGGAUACGGAUCACAGAGUGCACCUCUUCCGUAUGGGCAACAACCGGGUGGUUACUCCCAACCGGGACCGUACACUGGCCAGGCACCCCCGGCACAGUACAACCCUACCCAAGGACCUGGAGGGCCUGGAUACGGGUCUUCUGGGGCUUACCCAGGGAAAAAAUAA